AUGGAUCCGAUGGAUCCAACGGAUUUUAGUUAUAUAAAAAAAAUGGAUCCGAUGGAUAAAAUGGAUCCGAUGGAUCCAACGGAUUUUAGUUAUAUAAAAAAAAUGGAUCGGAUGGAUAAAAUGGAUCCGAUGGAUCCAACGGAUUUUAGUUAUAUAAAAAAAGUGGAUCGGAUGGAUAAAAUGGAUCCGGUGGAUCCAACGGAUUUUAGUUAUAUAAAAAAAAUGGAUCCGAUGGAUAAAAUGUAUCCGAUGGAUCCAACGGAUUUUAGUUAUAUAAAAGAAAAUGGAUCCAACGGAUUUUAA